AUGAUCAAAAAUAGUUAUCAAGAAGAUGAGGAGUUGCAACUUGAAGGUUUUUGCAUUGAUCUUCUUGCUCAAUUAUCGCAUGAUCUAGGUUUCACCUAUACGAUAAAUCUUGUGAAAGAUAAAAAAUAUGGCAUUGAUGAAUAUGGAAAUGGUUCAUGGACUGGCAUGAUCGGCGAAAUAUUAAGAGGGGAAGCGGAUAUUGCGGUUGCACCUUUAACGGUGAAUUUUAAGCGAUCUGAAGUUGUUGAUUUCACGAAACCGUUUUUAUCGAUAGGCAUAAGCAUCCUAUACAAAAUUCCCCAAACAAAUAAACCCGAAUUAUUUUCAUCUUUCAAUCCAUUAACUGUUGAAACUUGGAUAUGCUUUCUUUUAGCAUUUAGAGGAUCGUUAUUUAUAAAAUUUUUUAAAAUAUCGCGUAGAAUAAUAAAAUCAUUAAACAGGUAUGUUCUAAGUACAAUGUUGAAAGGUGGUUGCGAUUUUGGGCCAAGGGCUGUUUCAACACGAUUACUUGGCGGAACGUGGUGGGUUUUCACGCUUAUUAUUAUUGCUGCAUAUACAGCUAAUCUUGCCGCUGUAUUAACAGUAUCAAAACAAUUUAUUUCGAUCAAAAAUUUGGAUGAUUUAGCUAAUCAAUCAAAAAUUGCAUACGGAGCACUCGAAGGUGGCUCAACAAUCCAAGUCGUUAGUGAUAAAGCUAAUUUGACUCACAUGAAAAUAUGGAAAUACAUGAAAAGUCAUAAUAAUAUAUUCAUGAAGAGUAAUGCAAAAGGAGUUGAGAAAGUUCUUAAUGAAGAUUACGCUUUUCUAAUGGAAUCAACUUCAUUAGAAUAUGAAGUUCAACAAAAUUGUAAUUUAACUCAAAUCGGAGGUGUUCUUGGAUCGAAAGGCUAUAGCAUUGCGCUUCAGAAAAGAACAGAUUGUACCAGAAUCAAUUCACCCGUUACUCAGAAACGGGUCGCCCUAAAUUUAAAUAAUAUUCGAGGACUUUUUAUUGUAUUAUUUGCCGGUCUAGCAUUAGCUUAUCUUAUCGUCCUAAUCGAAUGCUUUCUUCGUUGGUAUAAACGCUAUGGAAAUAAUAAAACGGUUUUUUUUUUAUUUUUAUCUAUUUCAAAAUUGAAUUCUCUUACAAUAAUUUCAAUAUUUUUUUUUAAAAUUUUUGUAAAUUUCCGAACAAUAAUUCUCAUAUGUGAAUAUAUCUAUUAA